AUGGAGAAACAUCCGAGCUGUGAACACCACGAUGUCUUGGAAAAGUAUGAUGACGCGCCCGUCAUGGUUGAUGCCCUAACCCCAGAAGAACUGGAGCGAGAGAAGAAGCUCGUGCGCAAGAUUGACUGGUACAUUCUGCCAUGCAUGUGGUUCAUGUACUUGCUAUCGUACAUGGACAGAACCAACAUCGGAAAUGCCAAGAUUGCCGGAAUGGACAAAGACCUCAACCUAGACUCGAAUAGAUACUCCAUCGCCCUGACCGUCUUUUUCGUCAGCUACGUCGUCUUUGAAGUCCCUUCCAACAUGAUUCUCACCCGCACCCGACCAAGCCGGUACCUCGCCACCAUCAUGUUCCUGUGGGGCGCCGUCACCGUCGGCAUGGCCUUUACGCCCAGCUACGGCGCCUUUGUCGCCUUUCGCUUCGUCAUGGGCCUGCUCGAGUCCGGCUUCGCGCCCGGCAUCCUCAUGAUUCUGUCGUCCUGGUACCGCAAGGAGGAGCAGAGCAAGCGCUUCGCCGUGUACAUCUCCGCCGCCAUCCUGUCCGGCGCCUUUGGCGGCCUUCUCGCCGGCUCCAUCACGAGUGGUCUCCACGAGGCGCAUGGGCUCGUCGGCUGGCGCUGGCUGUUCAUCGUCGAGGGCGCGGGCACCAUGGUCGUUGCCAUUGCCGCCGCCUUUAUCCUGCCCGACUUUCCGAGCAACACGUCGGCGCGCAAGCUCAACGCGGCGGAGAGGAGCUUGGCGAUUCGGAGACUGGAAAUCGAUGCGAAAAGUCGACCGACGGAAGAAGAGCCGCAUUUGAGCCACUUGCAGGCUCUGAAGCUGAGUGUGAUUAAUUGGAGGACCUGGCUGCUGAUUAUCGGUUACAUGGCCAUUGUCGGAUCAUCCACUCUAUCUUAUUUCUACCCAACAUUGGUUCAAGGACUUGGCUUCAAGGGAAAAGACGCGCAGUACAUGACCGUUCCCAUCUUCGGUGUAGCAUUUGUCACGACCGCCAUCAUCGGCUACGUCGCCGACAAGAAUUCCAAAUGGCGGGGUGUAAUUCUUGGUGCCAUGAUGAGUGUCGCAAUGCUCUGCUCCAUUAUCAUAUGCGCCAUUUACAAUGUCAAGGCACGAUACGCUCUUCUUGUCAUCAUGGCUUCGGGUCUGUGGGCGUCGAAUGGCCUGGCACUUUCGUACGCUUCGGUGACGUUUUCGUCCAUGCCAAACGAGACAAAGGCGGUGUCGCUCGCACUCGUGAAUGCCAUGGGAAACUUGGCGCAGAUAUAUGGUGCUUAUCUGUUUCCAUCUAAAGACAGCCCAAAGUACCUGACUGGCUUUGGUGUCAUCAGCGGCCUGUGCUUGACGGGCGUGCUGGCCUACCUGUCGCUGCAUGUGCUGCUUGCGCGGUCUGCGAAGCGCAGCGCUGGCAUUCAUAGAUAA